UCUCUCUCUCUCUCAUAUCAUAAUUACAACAUGUGGACGUCGUUUCAAAAUUCUCUUUCACUUGAGCAUUUACCUUCUCUCCUCUUUCUUAUAUCAUUGUCCUUCUUCUUCAGACUUCGCUUAGCUCUGCAACACUGAUUUCCUCAGUGCUGCAGCAGCUACAAAAAUGGGUCUCUUGGAUUUGCUUGUGGUGGCAUCCAUGCCAACACUCCAAUUCUUGCUUGUUGGCCUCGUCGGAGUCUUUCUUGCUUCCGACUACUGCAACAUCCUCACACCUGAUGCUCGAAGAGAUACCAACAAGAUUAUAUUCUAUGUGUUCUCUCCUGCGCUGAUAUUCACAAGCUUAGCGAAAACUGUCACUCUCCACGACAUUAUCUCAUGGUGGUUUAUGCCUGUUAAUAUUGCCUUUACGUUCUUGAUCGGCACAAUUCUUGGAUGGGCAGUGGUGAAGAUCUUGAGACCAAAGAGCCACAUUGAAGGGCUUGUUAUGGCAAGUUGCUCUGCAGGGAAUUUGGGCAAUCUGAUGUUGAUAAUUAUACCUGCUGUCUGCAAUGAAGAAAACAAUCCUUUUGGGGAUCCAAACACUUGCAACUCCCGUGCUCUAUCUUAUGUCUCGUUAUCCAUGGCACUCGGGGGGUUCUACAUAUGGACACAUACUUACAGUAUAAUGAAAAGAAUGGAAAUCAAUCAUCUUACAGUACUCAAGCUAACAGAUACAGGGAGCCAACAAGAACCCAAGCUAACAAAUACAGAGAGCCAACAAGACGCGCUGCUUUGUUCAUCAAAUAAUGUAGUAGAUGAAGCCCAGAUGAUUGUGCCAUUGUUAUCUAGUGGAAAGCUCACAAGCAGCAAGGUACAAUGCUGGGGUCAAAUGAAAGAAGUACUUCAUCAAAUCUCAAAAAAGCUCAUGGCACCGUCUACUAUAGCAGCGAUGAUCGGCUUCAUUGUUGGUGUCGUGCCAUGGUUAAAAUCACUCAUGAUUGGAGCCUCUGCGCCGCUUAGAGUAAUCCAGGACUCAACAGCAUUAUUGGGAGAUGGCUCAGUCCCUUGCAAUACUCUUAUUCUUGGCGGGAACCUAACUAAAGGACUCCGGAAGUCUACAGUAAAGCCCUCGACAGUUAUAGGAAUAAUCGUAGCACGGUAUGUUCUUCUUCCAAUAGCAGGAAUUGGGGUAGUGAAAGCAGCAGGUGCAUUGGGAUUCCUGCCACAAGAUCCACUAUUUCAUUAUGUUCUGCUAAUUCAGUUUGUUCUUCCUCCUGCCAUGGCCAUCGGGAUCAUGGCUCAACUAUUUGAUGUUGGUCAGGAAGAAUGUUCAUAUAUUUUUCUCUGGACUUAUUUGGCUUCUGCUCCUGUACUUACACUUUGGUCGACAAUCUUUAUGUAUAUAUUGUCCUAGAUUGCGCUUACAU